AUGUCAAACCUUACAAAGCUUGAAUUUACGGCACUUGAUGUAUCUGGAAAAAAUUAUCUGUCAUGGAUACUAGAUGCUAAAAUACAUCUGCAAGCCUCUGGUCAUGAGGACACUAUUAAAGAGGGAAAUAAUGCCUCUACUCAAGAUCGUGCAAAAGCAAUGAUCUUCCUUCGCCAUCAUCUUGAUGAAGGAUUAAAAAAUGAAUAUCUCAGUGAAGAUAAUCCACUUGUUCUCUGGAAUAGUUUAAAAGAACGCUUCGACCAUCAGAAGACUGUAAUUCUUCCAAAAGCUCGUUAUGACUGGAUGCAUUUAAGAUUGCAGGAUUUUAAAAGUGUUAGUGAAUACAAUUCUGCAAUAUUCCGAAUUAGCUCAAAGCUAAAAUUGUGUGGAGAAACAAUUACUGAUGAAGAUUUAUUAGAAAAAACAUUCUCCACUUUUCAUGCAUCUAAUGUGGUACUCCAGCAGCAGUAUCGUGAGAAAGGGUUUAAGAAAUAUUCAGAGCUGAUUUCUUGCCUUCUAGUGGCUGAGCAGAAUAACGAGUUGUUAAUGAAAAAUCAUGCGGCACGACCCACUGGUUCUGCUCCAUUUCCUGAAGUAAAUGCGAGCGCAUAUAGAUCUCCUCGUGGUCGUGGUCGUGGCCGUGGUCGUGGUCAUGGUUAUGGUCGAGGUGGAAAUAAUUACAACCAUGUCGGUUAUAAUAACUCCUUUAAGCAUAAGAAUCACCACCAGAAGUGGGAUAAGAAGGAGGAGAAACAAGAAAACAGAAACAGUGGACAAUACAAACAUCAAGUGAAAAAUGUCGAUAGUAAAUGUUAUCGAUGUGGCAUGACUGGGCAUUGGUCGCGUACCUGUCGUACGCCCAAACAUCUUGUUGAGCUUUACCAAGCUUCCCUCAAGGAAAAUGGAAAGAAUAUAGAAACAAAUUUUGUUGCUGAUGAUGAUUUUGACCAUAGUCUAAUGCAUAAUGACUCUAUAGACAUGACACAUUUAGAUGUUUCUGAUUUUCUUGAGAACAAUAAUAAUGAAAACUAA